GCCCUUUCUAGGCCCCGCGGUGCGUUUGGCUGUGCGGCUGCCGAGACACUGGCUGGAGGCAGGGUGUGAAGCCUUCCUAUUGGAACCUCAGUGCUGGGACGGUGGGACUCGGUGCAGCUCUCUAGACGCCAGGCCCACGCUCAUGGCUGAUCAUGUCAGGUACUAACAACGUCGCCCAGGCCCGGAAGCUGGUGGAGCAGCUGCGCAUCGAAGCCGGGAUCGAACGCAUCAAGGUGUCCAAGGCCUCGUCAGAGCUGAUGAGCUACUGUGAACAGCAUGCCCGGGCCGACCCCUUGCUGGUUGGUGUGCCAGCCUCUGAGAAUCCAUUCAAAGACAAAAAGCCUUGUGUAAUUCUCUAGAUCUCUCUCUCUCUCUCUCUCUCUCUCUCUCUCUCUCUCUCUCUCUCUCUUCCCUUUUCCUCUCCCUCUCCUUCUUCCCACCCGGAAGAUAUCGUCCAAGUUUUCCUGUAAGAAAGAUAUCUGACUCCCUCCUCCUUUGAAUUCUAAAGGAACAGAAACCAUUGUAAAUGCCCAGAUGGUCCUGGCCUAGCUGGAGUUUGU